ACGAACCACAGUUACGUCACCACUUCUACAACAACAAGAAGCUGAAAAACAAGGAAGUGAAUGAUUGUGAAGCAGACGAAACCUGUUAUAAGGCCGUGACGAGAUACGCAGAGACUCCGUUUGAUCUAGUAUUCCUUAGCCUUCGGAUCAGCUCAGAGCAAUGAACAACAAAGGUUCCUAUCCACAGCAGGCUGUGUACCCUCAGCAGAGCACUGCACCCGUAUACCCUCCUGCUAUGCAAAUGUCUCCUCAGGCACCCCCUUACACAGACACACCACCUGCAUAUUCUGAGAUAUACCAGCCCAGAUAUGUGCUUCCACCUCAGGUGCCUGGUCAGGUGCCUCAAAUGUCAUCUCCCUACCCUGGUGCUCAGGUGUAUAUGCCCAUGCAGCCACCUAUGACUGUUGGGCCGGUGGGCCAGAAUGUCCCCAUGGCUUACUAUCCCAUGGGAGCUGUGUACCCACCUGGUUCAACAGUGAUGGUGGAAAGUGGCUUUGAUGCUGGUGCUCGCUUCUCAGCAGGCAGCAGCGUUUCCAUUCCACCCCCACCCCCUGGACAUCCCCCUAAUGCAGCUCAGUUGGCCGCCAUGCAGGGUGCCAGUGUUGUAAUGACACAACGCAAGAAUAACUUCUUCCUGGGUGGAUCCAGUGGAGGUUAUACCAUCUGGUAACAGCAGCUCCUCAAUUCCUCCUCCAUGCCUAAAUCGUGUCCCCAUCCCCAAUGAUUCCCCAGUUCUUCCCCCAUCCCAUAUGCCUCCCUCUUCAGGCUGCUUGGCCAUGCCACAAUACUGAUAUCACCUAACGGAAUGUAAUAUUUUAGAGCCCUCAUGAAAGGUACAGUACUCCACUUCUGACCUAGAGAUCAGAUGAUAAAUGCCAUUGCCUGGAGAGGACAAAUUGUUUUUUUUUCCGCAAAUGUCGUAGAAUUCAUUCCAUAAUUCUUUGCUGGGUCGAACCUCUUUGGUCACUCCAAACUGGACCUCUUUCAGGCAUUUGUUUAAGAGACCUGGUCUCCCUUGAUCGAAUGAUUCACAAAUUACAAUGAGUACUUGUAUGCCUGUAAAGCUACCUAAAUGACAUGUUUAAAUAUCAGACCCGCAUAAUAUAGUUUAGCUGCUUUAUGGUGAAAGUGAAACGCAGUUACAGUUGCAGUUAAAGUGCAAAAAAAAGAAAUCUCCUCUUGUCUUUUUUUGGAAAAUUUUUAGUGUAGUUAAAUUAAUAGAUGUGUACUAGUUCCUUGUAAAUACCAGUAUGAUGAUCAUGAGAAAUUGCAUCUUAACUAUACAAAAAAAAAAAUACAACCCUCUGCAUCUUAGAUGCUUUUAGGUAGAAUUGUCUUGUCCUUUGCACAGUAUCCAAAAUACUACAGCAAAUAUGGUUGCACAGUGAACUACCUAUCUGACAGUGUGUUCCAUUUAAAUUGCUUGUAAAUUAAAUAAAUUAAAGAAAAGAAUUCAAGAAAAGAGUCCAUGCAAUAUCCAAAGUGGUUUACUGUACCUUGUUGGGCAACUUGUAGAUGAACAUAGUGAAGUGCCAAAGAGCACUGGGGAUAUCCCUAAUUUAAAGCAAAUUAACUUCAGUAAACUUAAAGGAAAAAAAUUAAAGUAAAUCCAAAUAGUAAGUUGAAUAGGAAGGAGUGGUUGGUGUAACAUUUUAGCUUAUUUGUCUCCUGUUGCUAUUCAGUCGGAUACCCAGAGUUUAUACACUAAAUGUUUAUUGUGCAGGUUUUAAGAGCUACACUCCAUGACUUCUUUCACACAGUGGAAUUUGGUAUCGUCAAACCAAUGUUAUUUAUUCACUGUAGAUGAGUGUCACCUUUGUGAUAGCAUUAGUUUGUAGUCAGCAUUUUCUAAGGUUGAGGAGACAAAUUUUUCAGUGUUUCUUUUUCUUCCUACAUUACUUCCCACAUUCAAGUGAUUUACUUGGAUAGUUAGGCUAAUACAUUUGUUAGUAUAACCAACGAGCUGCUUGUACCAAAGAUUUGGUCUACAAUGCACUUGUGUUUGGUUGUGACUUGAAAUUUGAAAUGUCACAAUUUAAAAGCAAACGUAUCGUAUAAGCAGUUAAUGAGAUUGUUGAUACUGAGAGUCUUCAGUCUGACAUGACUGCAGUUGUUAGUCAGUAUGUUGAUGUCACUUUCUGUGGGUCAGUUGCAUCUUCAGGCUGUUGCAUACUUUUGCACCUUUUGCUGUGUACAAAUUUGAUUAAAUACCUUUUUAAUCAGGAUUGCACCGCUUAGCUAAUCUGAGACAUUGCAGACAAGGGGCUACUCUUUUUCUGGUUUCAUGUUUUUUUUUUGGUUUUUUUAAUUUAAAAAAGCUGUGAGAUUUUUGAACAUUUUAAAAUUUUACAGUGAUUCUUAUUCACCAAGUCUAUUCCAUCUUGAGGUAAUGCCAAGAUGUGCCAUGUUGUUCAGUGGCCUGAAAGUGUAUGCAGACCGUUUGCAAUGAGCUUUUAUCAGUGAGCUCAUAUCAUUUCAUUUUGUGCUGCUAAUUGUACUUCUUUAGAAUCUUUACAUAACAGGUUUUCUUGCAAACUCAAAUACACAAUCUGAAACUAGGUUAAGUCAGUGUGAAUACCAUCAGCUGAGCCUUGUAUAUAUUCUUCAUUUUGGUGUCUGGUAGCGGUAAUGUGUCACUGGGUAUCCGACACAACAUAUCCAGUUUUAACAGCUGUGGCCUUCACAAAGCAAAUGCUGUUGCUGUCAACCAACAUUUAGUGAUUUCAGUGUUAUUGAAGUCAGAAAGACUGGUUGUCUGGAAAACUGCUUCAUUCAUCUGAUGAAUCUCUGUGCAGUUCAUUCACAAAAUUCAUGCGAGACAUGAAGGACGUGUCACCCCAAGUAUUUUCAAAAUGUCCCAGUAUGCUGUCAUUUCACAGUUUUGCUGGAGAAGAGGCCACAGCUAUCAAAACUUAAGAAAUAUCCUUCAGAUGGUUUUCUUUUUUCCAUCUCUGCUCUGAUUGUUAAGCAGCAUAAUUGUGGCUUAGUCCCAGCAAUAUGAAGUACUGUAAACUACAGCUGACCAGUAGAUGCUAUGCCAACCACAGCCAGCAAACGGAUCAUUCUUUGUUGAAGGAAUAUGGACAUUUAUAGUUCAGGGACUCUCUUUACAAUAUUUUGUAAAAUAGAUCUAUGUACUAAAGUGAUGUGAUGGACUUUGGUACACAUUCUAUCUUUUAAGAUUACUAAAGGAGAUGAGUGUCACUACAGUUUGCUGAGAUAUGUCAAAGAUGGAAUACUUUGGGAAAAAAAGAACUUAGGUGCACUUAACUUUUUUAUACUAAACUUAAAAUUUAAAAUGUAAGUUUAGAAUAAAGGUUAUUUUGGAAAUUUGAAAUGCCGCAAUUGUGUCGUUUAAUUUUAUUGACAUGUACAAUUUAUUUGACCGAAGCAAUCAAGAUCAUUGUGAGACUGGGUUUUAUCUGGCAUUUUGGUUAUUGUAAUUUUGUGAUUAUAGCUUCAGUGUUGUAUUUUCCUGGCCAGACGUCAUCACAGGUAAAGUUUUAUCAGCUUGUUUGAGUGGGUCCCUCCACUGGCCUGGCCUUUAUGCUAAUAUCAGGAAUCAGUACUCAUCACCCACCUUAGUAUACAGAAAAACAAUAGAAAAAAAAGUUUCAUUUGGAGAUUACAAUAAAGUACUCUGUCUGUUCACACCCAAAAUACUGUCACUUUGAUAUAAAAAAGGUAUUAAGUCUAA